AUGGAUAUAGAAAGGGCCAAGGACACCACGACUUCGUCAUCUGUGGAUCAUGUGGACACCGUGGAGAUAGAAGUUCCUACAGGACUGUGCCAGCCCUUGCGUCGCAGAUUUAAGAAAUUUGUGAGCGCCAAGCAGCUUUACGAGUGCCUUCGGCCGCUCUUCCAUGUGACCUACAUGCACGGUCUCACCUCGUUUUAUUUGAGCUGCGACAGCAAGACGGGUCGGAGGAGCAUCAAGAGGACCGUCUUUGGCUAUCUAAAUGGACUAAUGCACAUUGGACUCUAUACUGUGUGCUAUAGCCUUACGAUCUAUAACAAUUGCGAGUCGGUGGCCAGUUACUUUUUUCGUUCUCGCAUCACCUACUUUGGGGACAUGAUGCAGAUCGUGAGUGGCUUUAUAGGUGUCACUGUCAUCUAUCUCACGGCCAUCAUACCCAACCAUCGACUGGAACGCUGCCUCCAGAAGUUCCACACAAUGGAUGUCCAGCUGCAGACGAUGGGGAUUAAGAUCAUGUACAGCAAGGUGCUUCGCUUCAGCUAUAUGAUUUUGAUAUCCAUGUUUUUGGUCCACUUUAUGUUCACCUGCGGCACCUUCUCUGUGCUGUACUCCUCGCUGGUCAAACCCACCAUGGCCCUGCAUUUUACCUUUCUCAUCCAGCAUACGGUCAUAGCCAUCUCCAUUACGGUGUUUACCUGCUUUACCUACCUGGUGGAGAUGCGUUUGGUGAUGGUCAAUAAGGUCUUGAAAAACCUUGCCCAUCAAUGGGACUCACGAAGCAUUAAGGCAGUCACCCAAAAGCAGCGUUCUCUUCAGUGCCUGGACUCUUUUUCAAUGUACACCAUUGUGACCAAGGAUCCAGCCGAGAUAAUACAGGAAUCCAUGGAGAUACAUCAUCUGAUUUGCGAGGCAGCGGCAACGGCCAACAAAUAUUUCACCUACCAACUGUUGACCAUUAUAUCCAUAGCCUUUCUCAUCAUCGUCUUUGAUGCUUAUUAUGUCCUGGAAACUUUGCUGGGCAAAUCAAAGCGAGAAAGUAAAUUCAAAACCGUGGAAUUUGUGACAUUUUUCUCGUGUCAAAUGAUCUUGUAUCUGAUUGCCAUAGUUUCGAUUGUCGAAGGCAGCAAUCGGGCUAUAAAGAAAAGCGAGAAAACGGGCGGUAUAGUGCACUCACUUUUGAAUAAAACUAAAAGUGCAGAGGUCAAGGAGAAGCUACAGCAAUUUUCUAUGCAGCUGAUGCAUCUGAAAAUUAAUUUUACAGCUGCGGGACUUUUUAACAUUGAUCGAACUUUGUAUUUUACGAUCAGCGGGGCCUUGACCACCUAUCUCAUCAUCUUGCUGCAGUUCACAUCCAAUUCCCCUAACAAUGGCUAUGGGAAUGGCCCCUCCUGCUGCGACUCUUACAAUAAUAUGACGAAUCAUACGCUGUAGAGGGGUUUUCUAGUGAA